AUAUGCAGAGUAUCAGUUUUUAUAUAUUUGUAAGUGUAUACUUUCCUCUUUUUUUUCCAUGCAUAAAUUCAUUAAUCGGGGCUGUGUGAACGCGCAUGUUGCUGCUAUUUCAUCAUGAAGUCUAAAGAGAAUAGGGCAUCGGCUUUUGUUACCAGGAAGUGGCUCGCGUACUUUAUAUUUAAACACUUGCGAGUCCGGCGUGAGUGCGCGCGCUGGUAAUACGAAACUUCUGAUAUCAUUCUGUUCUUUAUGCGAUUUGCCGGGAUUGGGGAGCGUGCCCUGAAGUGAUGUUUUGCCACUAAGGUUGUAUGUGAUCCACGAUAAAAUCAACGGAAAGACAUUGGCAAAACUCGCUCGCCCGGUGUUCGCGCCAGGACACGGCUGCACGCCAGGUGGCGUUGUGAUGAAGAUCCAUGAAAAGAUUCUAACCCACUACCUGUCCUGCCCUUCACCUGUAGAUAAAGAGGGAUACCUCUACAAAAAGAGAGAGAGGAACACCACGUACCUGCGCCGCUGGUUUGUGUUGAAGGGGAAUCUGCUGUUUUAUCAGGAGCGUCCAGGCGAUCGUAACCUGUUGGGAGUGAUUGUUCUGGAGGGUUGCCUGGUGCAGGCGUGUGAGACAGAUGGUCAGUUCUGUUUCUCUUUGGUGUUCACUGGACCAGGCCUCCGCACGUAUAGACUAGCCGCUGAUGACCAUCCCAGCCAGGAGAGCUGGAUCGGUGCGCUGUUCUGCGCCAGUCACAUCUACCUUUCCAUGAUCGUCAGAGACCUGGAGAGACGCUACGAAGAAGCUAAAAGAGACAAAGGUCUUUGUGAUUCCAUCCAGACCUCUGAAGUGACUUCUACACCCAAUAAUAUAAUGGCUUCCUGGAACCCAGGACAACCCUAUUUCAUACAUGGGACUUCCAUAGUGCCCAGAGAUGGGCGGAGCUACAGCACCAGUUCUGUACCACCUCCGUCUAUGCCAAACACUCCCACCAGCUCUAGUCUUCAUGCCCCUCCUAUUCAAUUCAAGACUACCAGUAAGCGAUCUCCAAAGCUCUGGCCCAAGAGAAAUGCUCAUGUCACACCCUUAAAUGGUCCGGCACCAUCUUAUGGGGAGUGGCCUGUUGUGGGCUUUGAUCCUUUGGAGGAGUUUAGUAAACUGCAUGAGCACUAUGGAAAUGAGAUUAAGCAACUAAGAGCUGAUUGGCUGAAGAAGAAGCGUGAGGAAGUGGGAUACAUUGAGGAAGACCUCAUUGACCUUGGCUAGAGUAGUAUCUUGACCUAUCGCAUAUAUGCAGUAGUUCAUAUUGUCGUCUUAAUAGUAAAUCUUGUCCUAAAACAGCAGACUGGUGAAUGUAUUAAGGAUGCAGUAAAUGUAAUACUGCAGUAGUAGAAUCCUGCUGUCUUUUUAAUGUUAUGAAGGGAUGCAGAUUAGCACUGUCUGACACUGAUCUUGUGCAUUUCUCAUUUCCUCUCUGUGGUCUCUCAGCCUAGUUCCUUCUAGCUUGAACUGUUAUAAAAGAGACCCAAACCACCAGUAGCGUCACCCCCAUCUUUUAAUCUAACUAUGUGCAGACAUUUACAGUAGCAAAAUGUCUUAUUGGAUCCAAAGUAUUUCAUAUACCUUCAAAUGAAAUUUGAUUGGAGAUUACAUAUUAGUUGUAGAGCUGUGAAUGCUGGACAAUAAUUCAUUUUUAAUUUAUUAUUAGGUAUUGAGGGAGCCUAAUCACUAAUGUGAUUUUGUGAAGAGGGCAACACAAGUGGCUGUUUAGUUCUGCCUUACAGAACUUAAUUCCCACAGUUCAGGAGGCUUCUUCUUUCUAUUCUUCCUCUUUCUCAACGUCUCAAUUCUUUGGGGAUGUAGAUGUGCCUUUUUUCUUUUAGUUUCUACUUCACUCAACACAUUUGGAACAUUUAACACGUUAUUUAAAAAGCAACCGUUUUAUAUUGCAGUCAUAACAGUAAACAUAAAAAUAAACUGUAAAGUUUGUAUGCAGUAAGCAUUUCAGAAAUGCAGCUCUAUACUGUAGGUCACCAGAGGGCACUGCAUUUCACCCAACAGUAUUACUACCUUUUAUUCAGCCAUGCUUCAUUCACAGGGUCACUAGUUGCUUUACAACUGAUAUUUUAUUAUGUAAUGUCAUGUCUUAUGUGUAAUUAUAUAUGGAUGAUAUCAAGGUCUUCAGGAUACAGGUAAGUUUUUUCUCAGGGUUGGAGCUAAACUCUGCAGGGACACAGGCCCUCCAGGAUCAACGUUCCCCACCCCUUCUCUAAUGUAAAUUAUAAUCAACUCUGUAAAACAGGUUUAAUUUAAUAAUAAGUUAUAUUUUGAGUGUAUUUUAGCACUCAAAAAAAAUAUUGCACAGCAUCAGUAAGAAAAAAAAUAGUAGGGUUGUUUGAUGUUAGUGUUGUUAGUAUACAUUUUAUUUUACUCAACCUGUAUUGUGAACUUGUGUUUUAUUGUAUCAAUCAGAUUAGAAUAAAAGUCCUAAUAAAUU